GGGAGGUGGUGAAGCCCUCAGGGGUGCUCAGGGCCAGCAGCUGCCACUCACACCCGCUGACGGCGCCGAGUGAUUGGGGUGCAAGUGGGACCGUCACCGGAAUAGGUGCAAGCACCGGGUGGGACCACGGUGCAGGAGCAGAGAUUUUUUAGUAACCACCAGAGGCUCGCCCCAUGACAGCGAUCAGCACCCCGCCUUGGUCUGGCACCCCUGCUCACCUGCUCCACCUUCCUGCUGCGGCCGAUGCUGCCAUGUUCCGUGCUCUGCUGUCUGCUGCUGAUGCCUUCCAUGUUCCACAUGCGUGGUCAGUGCAUGUCAUAGCAACUGGUUGUUUGGUUGUUCAGCCGUUCAGUCUAUUUGCAUAUUAGGAUUUUAUAUAGAUAGAUUACCUGCUAGCUGGAAUGCUCAGAUCUUCCCUCAGAGUGGCUUUUUUGGCUGGGGGACAGGCCAUUGUUCCUUUUGUUUGGAGUAUGUGCUAGAAGCUCCCAUAGAGUCAUGUAGUGGACUCCUUACAGUGUUCCAGUCUGCCCAGUUCUCUGUUAAAAGCACUGCUAACAAAGACUUGUCUUUUUCACAAGACUAUUUAGUCUUAAUAAUAACAUCUUGCUGAUGAAUUAAUUCACUAGUCUGCAAGUAUUUAUUGAGAACCUGCUGUGUGCCAUGAACUGUGUUGGGGAUACAGUGGUGAGCAAAGCAUGAAAUUCAAUUUUAUUGAAUUUGUGAUUACAAAUUAUUUUUCCUAUCUCCUGUGAACCCAUAGCAACUGAGAUAGGCAGCACAGUGUCAUAAUCUCCACGUUCUAGAUAAGGUUUAUAGAAGGAGAGGUGGUAACUUGUUGAAGGCCACAGGCAGCAGUAGUCACACUAGGAUUUAAAUCCUAUUGUGCACACAUACUAAAAGCUUUUGAAGUCUGGGUGUUUUUUUUCUUGCAUGGUCACUGCUUUAGUUCAGUGGACUAGUAUGUUGAAUUGGUGGUUUGGUGGAGGUAGUGGGAGGGAAUGAGAAAACCCAACCCUGACAGGCCUGUAGUCAAACUGAAGCUGAAGACAAAAACACUGCUCAGGCCCUGCCAAGAAGUAGGAGGCAGGACUUAGGCAAUAGCAUAAAAGGAGUGGGAGGACAGAGGUUUAUUUGAGCAAGAAAGAAGCCCUGGGCGGGAGGCAGGAGAAACACCCUCUUGUUCAGCCUGGCUUAAGUCACAGUGGGACUCCUUGCAAGCUGCCUCUCUCUGUUAAUGACUCCAUUAUAUUCCACAAGCAGAGAACCUGGGAAGGAAGAUGUUUUCCAGUUCUUUUCAUUUCUUCUUAUUUUAAAUGUUUAUCAUUAAAAUAGUAAGAAAAAUCUCUUGAGUGCCUUUUCCUUUCACGUUGUCACUGCUAUUAUCUUAGCUUCAAGUCUUUUUCCUGGAUUAUUGUAAUGGCCGUGUAAGUAGGCUAUCACUGGUCAUUCUCCCUCCUCUCUCCUGGUACCCUACUCAGCCUCACUAUAUUAUUACUCUGCUACUUAAAACCUCCAAAAAUACCAUACCACUUGAGUACAAACUCCAGUCUCCUUAGCUUGACCCUUUUCUCUAUAGUUGUAGUCAGUUUCAUUUCCUCCUGACCUCAUACCCACAGACUAAGACCCAUGCAGACUCUAACUCAUCUAUCCCUUAACACCUCUUGAGUUUGUACAUAUUACUAUUUGCUUAGCAUGUGUCCCUCUCCUCUUAUAAUCCCACUUAUCAUUCCAGAUUCAACUUAGAUGAAUCUUCUCUUCCAAGCCUUUUUCUGCUCCCUCAGGUAGAGCCUUCCUUAUGGUCCCUGAGUACCUAGUUUAGUAGCACAGGUUGCAUUGCUUAGAAUUAGGCUACCCUUUCCAUUAGCCUACCCAGUGCCUGGCACAUAUACAAAUGAAUGGAGGUGAAGGUAACUCCUCAAACAUCAUUAGAUGUAAGAGCUUAUCAUUCAUUAUAAUCUCCACAGGAUGAUAGUUCAGUGGAUGCCAGUUGGCAUUACCUCCAUCAGAAUGGAUUUCCCGUCAUCCAGACUUGAGUCCUAAUCCUGGCUUCAACCAAAUAAAAGCUAUGUGAUUUUGAACAAGCUUCUUGAUUUCUGAGCCUAUUUUUUUUAAUCAUCUGCAAAAUGCAGAGAUCCUGACAGCUUCUUUCCUGACUUACCCCAUGCUCAGGACCCUUAGCCUGCAGCUCCAUUCAGCUGUCACUGGCAGUUAUGUCUCCGGCACUUACUCCAUCGUCUUUGUCAACUGUCCCAACGAGCAAAUUGCCAGAGAUAUUGCCAGCUAUGUUGGUGGGGAGUCACGGGAACAGCUGCAAGGAAUGCUAUUCGCAGCACUGUUUUCAGUGGCUAUACUGGAUAAGAAGCUGGCUGCCUCUGUGAACAUCCUGCCCAAGGCAUCCUCAUUGUACUUUUGGAAUGGAGAAAUAGAAGAAGCCACUGAGAUUCUGUUGUUAAUAAAGACAAAGACUUCCAAGGUCCGCAUGCUGUCCAGCUAUGUCAGGUUGGUGCAUCCUUUCGAGAUCCCAGAGGUCUUCAGUCUUCCUAUGGACCAAGGAGAUGUGCACUAUUUGAAGUGGCUGGAGGAGGGCAUGGAGGAGGACUGAGGGGGCCGGCCUUCUGUGGAUCUUGCUGGCUGCCGCUAGUCUUCAUCAGCUGCACUCUGGGGAAAGGAGGCCUCUUUCUGCCUCUCAGCAUCUCUGGAUUCCUUGUUUUUGUCAGCACAGAGGAGCUAAGUAACUUGUAGAGGAUGAAGGGCCAAGGCUCCUGAGGUUAUAAGAAGACGCUGGGCCAAUCGGGCCACGCAAGAACCCAGUGGAGCGUGUCUCUGAGUGCUUCCUGCGUACAGGUGGCCAAGGUGAGGGCAAGGAGGGUGUGUGGGGGACAAGGGGAGGUGGCAAUGAGGGUGAGUUUUGUCAUCGGCAGCAGUCACUGGGCCACCUCAAGUGUCGGGUGGAAUUACUCUCCUGGUUUUCAGGAGAAAUAGACCGGUGAUCUGUUUACCUAGAAGUGUGUGGGUUGAAGGUCACCUUCUGGAGGAACUGGCAAGCACUUUAUUCAAAAGGAUGGAUUGUGAAAUGGUGCAAUUUCAGGGACAAGCAAGAUUAUUUCUCCUAGCUAAGGAUGGCACUUGUUAUUCCUGAGUCCUGAGUAGUGGGUCCGGGAAUGGGCUUCAGGAGUGUGUGUAGGACUGGGGAGAUAUUAGCACUUAGGUACAGCUCAUGGGUUGGGAAUACAUCUUGACCUUCCUAGUCUGAAUGUGACCGGCAUCAGAAGAUUCUGGUGCCUUGCUCAGUGGAGACAGGCUGGCUCAGUGGAGCAUUGAAACUGAGCAUCCUAAAGCA